AUGAAUACAGUCGAAGAAAUCAAAAAUCAACUUGAAAUAGUGAAAAAAUAUGAAGAGGAAAUGUCGUCGAAGGGAAAAGAGAAGAGAUUAGAGUUAGACGAGUUGAAAAAAGAAAAGGAGAGGUUGGAGCAAUUGAAAUAUUUGCAACGUGCAUUGGUUGAAUUUGGCAAGGAUAAAG